GCGCGCUAGUCGCGAGUAGGGUGUUACAAGUUUUAAUGUUUACGGACACGCUCAACUUACGAUACAACUUUUUAUAAACAAACUUUACGUGCUAGUGGUUAUUUGUGAUAAAAAUGGACAAACCAUCUAAAAUUUCUUCGUCUCCUACUAGUGCACCUGUAAAAAAGGAAAAUGAAGAAGAAAUUAAGGAAUUUGCCGAGACAGCUAUGAACGAACUGCUCGGCUGGUACGGUUAUGAGCGUUUGGAGUUAAGGAGAUGGGCGGCUUCACGGGCAAGGGAACCUUCGAGUCCAGAGCAUCACACAGAACAAAAGAAUAAAGAUGAAUGUUCAUGGUGCAACAAGAAUAUAACAAGUGAAAGUGGCGCUUUACAGCAGGCUGGGGCGGUAUUUUGUUCAGAGCUUUGCUUCAGUCAGUCAAGGCGCGCAAAUUUCAAGCGCGCGAAAACGUGUGAUUGGUGUCGACAUGUGAGGCACACGGUUGCCUAUGUCGAUUUUCAGGAUGGCGCAACGCAGCUACAGUUUUGCUCGGAUAAAUGCCUAAAUCAAUACAAAAUGCAUAUAUUUUGUCGAGAGACUCAGGCACACCUUGAUCUAAAUCCCCAUUUGGUGAGCAGCUCCUCGACAUCCAAUCUUAUUACUCCAGAUCUGUGGUUGAAGAACUGUAGAAGCCGAUCGGUAUCACCACUGUCUGAAAGGUCCGUUUCCCCAAACACAGAACCCAAGCAAACCAACGAAAAAACAUCUGAGUCAUCAUGUCACCGAAAAUCACCAAUGCCGUUAAUAACCAUAGCUCCAACUGCUAAACUUAUGAAUCCAAAGUCUAUAGAUGAGAAAACGUUUACUCAAAAAUCCCCGGAAACAAAAAAAGAAAUAAGACAAACUAAAAUGAACUUACGAAAGCGUAGAGCGUCUAAAUGUACGUCUACAGUGACCUCCCAAACAAUGCGGCAUCAUACUACUACACCAAAGGCUCAAGACUUGAGAAUGUGCAGUCCCUCUAUCGAUGGGUCAUCGCCCACUUCAUCAGUUACUGUUGGAAAUAGUACUAUUCAUUCCCCACCCAGCAAUAUAAACGCUCAAAUACCUCCGUUUAAUCCAAUGUUUGGAAUGCCACCACCUGUUUUUCUUGAUAGUCCUGGUCAUAUAAAUGAUUAUAGACAUCCAGGAAUGUAUCCACCGCGUUUCGGUUUCAUGCCACCUCGUCCUAUGAUGCCGCAAGAAAGGCCGAGAAUAAUUCCUCCAAUAAACUUUUCACAUGCCAUAGGUCAACCACCGCCUGUAACCGUUUUGGUUCCAUAUCCAGUAGUUUUACCCAUACCUCUUCCAAUUCCUAUCCCGAUCCCCUUAUCAUCCUUUUUACAAGCACAUCGAGUUAAUAAAGUAAAAACCGAAGUAAAUAGUGAUGACACCGAGGGCCCGUUAGAUUUUACUAUAAACAGUGAUAAAAAUGAUGCCAAAGAGUCAGAAAAUAGUCAGAGUAAAUUUAACACAGAAAAGGAAACCUACACAAAUGAACUUAAUAAAGAUGACACUAGGCUGGAAAGUGAAAAAGAAAGUUUAGUUUCUGAAACAAACCCGGAGCAAACUUUGCCAAAAUUUAAAAUAACGAGACUAGGAAGCAAAAUGGCAAAAAUAGUGACCAAGGCGAGGGAAACAUCUGAAUCUUCCAGACCACUUAGGAAAAGGCGAAGAUUGGUAGAAGUCACUCCAGACGACGAUUCUCUCAUUUCCAAGACAAGGAAAACUGUUGAAGUUUAAAUUUAAUUUUAAAAUAUACUUAUAGUAAUUUAAUUCAAAUACAUAUCACAAACUAUGCUGCGAAAUCACCGCAGCUAAUUCAUCUUUAAAUUAUGUACUAGUCUUAGAUUUAAUAAUAUUAGGGAUAUGUUUGCUUGAAUAGUUUAAACUUUAAUGAUAUAUUUAAAAAAAAACGCAUC